UGACUUCAACUGACGACUACAAACCGGCAAGGAAAGCACACACACAACACGCGGAGUCACGCCGAAACAGUGCAAAAAUGGAGUGGACCCCAAUGGAGAUCAACCCCGAGAUGCUGAACAAGAUAAUGAGCAAGCUAGGCGUGGGUGAAAGCUGGUGCUUCGUUGACGUGCUGGGUCUGGAGGGGGAUCAACUCUCUGCCGUCCCUAAACCAUGCUGUGCCUUGAUGCUGCUCUUCCCACUGACACAACAGCAUGAGUCUUUUAGGGAGCAGCAGGCAGACAAGGUUGCCGGAGGCUCUGAGGUUUAUUUCCUGAAGCAGACGGCAGCCAAUUCCUGUGGGACUAUCGCCCUGCUGCAUGCUGUGGCCAACAACAAAAGCAAAAUGACAUUUGAUAGUGGCUCUGCCCUGAAGAAGUUUCUAGAUGAGACUGCAAACAUGUCUGCUGACGACCGUGCCAAACAUCUGGAGAAGAACCAGGCGAUCUGGGAGGUUCACAAUGAGGUUGCAGUGCAGGGCCAGUGUAGGCCGGAAGCCGAUAAAGUGAACUUCCACUUUAUCGCCUUUGUCAAUGCAAAUGGCCAACUUUACGAAUUUGAUGGGAGAAUGAAUGGACCAGUGAUGCACGGAGCUACCAAAGAGGAGUCAUUCAUAACGGAUGCAGCCAAAGUGUGCCGUGGAUUCAUGGAGAGGGAGCAAGGCGAGGUCCGUUUCUCCGCAGUGGCUCUUUGUCACAGUUAGAUAUUCGGUAGGAAACCAAAAUGUCCUGAAGCAUUCUCAUGGCAAACACAAUGAGCAGGCACCCAGAAACAACCUGUGAACCCACACAUCUGCAGACACUAUGCACUAUAAAGCACACAUUGUUGCCACAUACUGUUCUUUCAUCUCAUGAACAAAGCACACAUGAACACAAACUCACCAUCAAACCCUUUUGUUCUGCUGACACAAACUGAUAUAAGCUUGUCUGUUUUAUGUGAUAUCAUUCAGCAAUGGGAAAACAUGAGGUCAGAUCUCGCCACUGCUUGUGUGCAUUUGUCUGUUUUGCAGAUUUUUUUAUUUAUUUUUUUUUUGUAUCUUUGUCAAAAACCUGAUGCUUAAAUACCUUUUGUGCCAAUAAAUAGAAUACAGAAGAGUGAGAAGGAAAAGGCCGAAAACUUGUGUGGAGACAUGUUUUUCCCAUGACGCCUUCAGUUGCUGUGUGGUUUGAGUUUAUAAGGAUCUGACAUUCCUCAGAACAGCCCAAAUGUGUCCGUAGGAAUAAUUUAACCAUUGGAGAAUACACACAACCUUUUGAGUGGUGGUCUUUUUGGAAAAACUGACAUUUUCUUUGAGAAGUUUGAAUUUUAAAGUGCAAGAUGAUAGUUUUGGAUUUCAGUAGUUUGUUUUCAGAAAUGAAUACAGUUGAAAUAUGUCUGCAUUUUUUUUUUUUUUUUUUUUAUGACGAUGGAUUUUCACUUCAUCUACAAAUAGUCAAAAUACACUAUUAGUGUGCAAGUUAAACACAGCAAAUACAAGAUGUCCAAACACGAUACGGACCGUUUAAAAUACAGUGCUGCUCUAUGUUGGGUUGUUGUCGUGCAGUGCAGGGUGAUGGUACCGUAUGUCUAGGCUGUGCACUAAUUGUUUACCUUUAUGCACCUUUCAAAUACUAUGUUGCUGUAGUUCUGUUGGUGAAGCAGCUGUGGGAAUUCAAUAAAGCAACCAUUAGACUUACA